CCUGCCCGGUCCGGGCCCCGGGAGGAGUUAGCCCAGGCUGCGUGGCCGGAGGUUGCUGGAGAUGGAGAAAAAGAUGCGCUGCCCCAUUGCAACUUGCAGGUUUACACAUACACCUGUGAUGUGGGCAAAAGAGAAAAUGUCUACUCGACAGCUGAGAGGGUCCGCAAGGAGGUUGGCGAGGUGUCUGUCCUGGUUAACAAUGCUGGGGUGGUCUCCGGGCACCAUCUUCUGGAGUGUCCUGAUGAGCUUAUUGAGAGGACCAUGAUGGUCAACUGUCACGCACACUUCUGGACCACUAAAGCAUUCCUUCCCAAGAUGCUGGAAAUGAAUCACGGACACAUCGUGACAGUUGCAAGUUCCUUGGGAUUGUUCAGUACUGCUGGAGUGGAGGAUUAUUGCGCCAGCAAAUUUGGAGCUGUAGGUUUCCAUGAGUCUUUGAGCCAUGAAUUGAAGGCUGCUGAAAAGGAUGGAAUCAAAACAACUUUAGUCUGCCCUUAUCUUGUAGAUACAGGAAUGUUUAGAGGGUGCAGAAUCAGAAAGGAAAUUGAGCCCUUCCUUCCACCCUUGAAGCCAGAAUAUUGUGUGAAACAGGCUAUGAGAGCCAUCCUUACAGACCAGCCAAUGAUCUGCACACCUCGCCUCAUGUAUAUGGUCACCUUCAUGAAAAGUAUUCUGCCCUUUGAAGCAGUCGUGUGCAUGUACCGAUUUUUGGGAGCAGACAAGUGUAUGUACCCUUUCAUCGCUCAAAGGAAACAGGCUACAAACAACAAUGAAGCAAAAAAUGGAAUUUAACACUGUUUUGGAUGGACUAACGUUUGUAGGCAAAUAUGACAAUGUUACAUGACUGAAUUGUGAAGUGGACUUGCAUCUAACAGAUGCAAAUGUCGACAUCUUACUGUGGCAUUCUCUUGGGUCCUAAACCUGUGUAUUGAACUCCAAAAAUCAAUGGGUUUUUAUAUACUGUAAAUAAAACUGACUAUAGUACUUGGAAAAUGUGAUAGGUAAGCAAAGCAAAUCUACAAUGUAGCUGCCACCAUUGUCCUUUAGAAUAUCACUGUAUGUACAGUAAACUAGUCAUACUACUUGUUGUAGGGAUGCACUGUGUGAUAUCUCUUCCUCGGCCUGCCAAGGCUUAUAGGAGCUGUCUCCAACUGGAAGAUGCAAUGUUUCAGAAAUUGUUUGUCUUUCCCUAUGGGAAGGGGGAGGGAGGGAAAUCUUGAGAUUUAAGCUACUGCUCAUGACCUUUUAGCAAAUUCAAGGACAGUUUCUGAAUGCAUCUCUUGUUCACCCAAGCUCUCUAAAGGACACGUGGCCAAAUUGUGGUGUAAUUCUCUUUUGUAGCAACGUGUGUGUUCUAUUUGAACAAAGAUAAAAACAAAUUUGUAAAUCUCUGCCAAUUCAAAGGCAAGUGAAUUUCUCAAAUACUCUCAGAGCAAACUUGUACUGGGCAUCUGGUUUUCUACGAAUGCAGUCAAUGAUUUAAACUGACUUUUUUCAAGUCACUUGAUUUGAAAUAUGCUCUAUUCUGUUUCCUUCUAUGUGUCAGAGUCCAAUCUACUGUUAUGGACUAUAUGUUUCUUUUCUUCCUCCUCAUUCUUACUUCUGACAGAGUUCUCCCACCCCCUGAGGAAGCUGUUGUAUUAAAUUUCUGUAACUGGACUCGUGCCUGAAAGACAAAGUAACUCAGCUGAGAUACAAACUGUUUAUGUAAGUGCUGGUCAUAUGCCAAUUAUUAGCAAAGGAAAAAGAGAAUAAUGCCUGAUGCAACUCUACAUGCAGAAUAUGGAAGGGUGUAAAGAUUUUUUUGAGUUGUACUCAAAUUGUAGAACAGCAAAUGACAUUUUUACAGUAUUUUUUGUAAAGCGAACAAUUCUGUGCCUUGGAUUUGGUAAUCUGUAUUAGUGAAGCAUUGUAAAAGUGAACUUCUACCUCUGUAUCUUAAUGUAUACCAUCCACUUGUAAACUACUAUUGGACAAUUUGUGAUUACUUUUUUAGAAUGUCUUGUUAAAUAGUGACCAAUACCUGUGGUUAUUAAAGUGAGCCACCUUUUCCUUAAA